UUCUCACCCUAUCUAUGUCUCUAUCUCACUAGACAACAUACACAAAAAUAAGAGCGAAAAAUGGAGAGUGGUGAUAAACCAGGAGAAAAACCCAUGAUGACGAGAGAAGAAAAACAAGUAGUAGAAGAAGAAAUGGAAGAAAAGAAAUGUAUGGUGUAUGAAGCAUACAAUGAACUACAUGGAUUAGCUCAAGAAUUUCAGACACCAUUUGAUGCACCAGCAGUACUUGUAGUAGGUCAUCAAACAGAUGGAAAGAGUGCUUUAGUUGAAGCAUUAAUGGGCUUUCAAUUUAAUCAUGUUGGUGGUGGUACUAAAACUAGAAGACCUAUUACUCUUCAUAUGAAAUAUAAUCCUGAUUGUGAUCUUCCGCUUUGUCAUCUCGUUUCAUCUGAUGAUACUAACAAUCUUGCUAUUGUUGAACCAACAAUUGCAACAGCUUCUGAACAGAAAUCUCUUCAACAAAUCCAAGCUUACAUUGAAGCUGAAAACAAGAGGUUGGAGCAUGAACCAUGUCAGUUCUCUGCGAAGGAAAUCAUUAUAACCGUUGAAUAUAAAUACUGUCCAAACCUAACUAUAAUUGAUACCCCAGGACUUGUAGCUCCGGCUCCUGGUCGCAAAAAUCGGGCUUUACAGGGGCAAGCUCGCCUGGUGGAGUCCCUUGUUAGAGCUAAGAUGCAGCACAAAGAGUUCAUAAUACUUUGCCUUGAAGAUUGCAGUGAUUGGAGCAAUGCUACUACACGAAGAGUGGUGAUGCAAAUUGAUCCCGAGCUCUCAAGAACUGUAAUUGUCUCAACCAAGCUAGACACAAAAAUUCCACAGUUUGCAUGUUCUUCGGAUGUAGAGGUUUUCCUUAGCCCCCCUGCUUGUACUCUUGAUGGCUGCAUAUUAGGUGAUUCUCCCUUCUUUACGUCUGUACCUUCUGGAAGAGUCGGCACUGGACGGGAAUCUGUCUACAGGUCAAAUGAUGAGUUUAAACAGGCUGUUUCUUUGAGGGAGAUGGAAGAUAUUGCAUCCUUAGAGGAAAAAUUAGGCCGGCCUCUGUCUAAGGAAGAACGAGGUAGAAUAGGAGUAAGCAGCCUUCGGUUGUUUCUGGAAGAAUUGCUGAAGAGAAGGUACAUGGACAGUGUCCCAUUGAUCAUUCCGCUUCUCGAGAAAGAACACAGAACCACCACUAGAAAUCUGAAUGAAAUCACCCAAGAGCUCAGCAACUUGGACGAAUUAAAGUUAAAGGAGAAAGGACGUCUAUUCCACGAUUCAUUUUUGACCAAGUUGUCGCUGCUCUUGAAAGGAACUGUGGUCGCACCGCCUGAUAAAUUCGGGGAGACGCUCCAAGAUGAGAGGGUCAAUGGAGGAGCAUUCACGGGUACUGACGGUCUUCAGUUCCCAUUCAAGCUAAUACCUAAUGCUGGGAUGCGCCUUUAUGGUGGUGCACAAUAUCACCGUGCAAUGGCUGAAUUCCGUUUUGUGGUGGGGGCAACCAAGUGCCCUCAAAUUACACGGGAAGAGAUUGUAAAUGCAUGUGGAGUCGAAGAUAUUCAUGAUGGAACAAACUAUUCCAGAACUGCUUGUGUGAUUGCUGUUGCAAAGGCCCGUGAUACAUUUGAACCUUUUCUUCAUCAGCUGGGCUUUAGACUCUUACACAUUCUAAAGAGACUGCUUCCAAUAUCUGUGUAUCUUCUUCAGAAAGAGGGUGACUACUUGAGUGCCCAUGAAGUUUUUCUGAGGCGUGUUGCAUCUGCCUUCAAUAAUUUUGCAGAAACCACUGAACGAGCAUGCCUUGAAAAGUGUAUGGAGGAUUUGGUGAGCACCACACGUUAUGUCACCUGGUCGAUCCAUAAUAAGAAUAGGGCAGGACUUCGUCAUUUCUUAGACUCAUUUGCUGGCUCUGAGAAUACUGUUGCAUCCACUACUGCCGUUUCUCAAGAUUCAUUUGGGCCAGUUAUGAAUGAGAAGAAUGAUUUGAAACCAAGAACAGAUGUGAAACUUAGCCAGUUAGCUUCUUCAGGCAUGGACUCGGGCGCACAUGGUAUUCAAACAACAGAGGCAAAGCUUGUUGAUCUGUUAGAUACGACACUUUGGAACCGAAGGCUUGCUCCUUCAUCUGAAAGAAUUGUGUAUGCUUUGGUGCAACACAUAUUCCAUGGCAUAAGAGAACAUUUCUUGGCAUCUGCAGAGCUGAAGUUCAACUGUUUCCUUCUAAUGCCGGUGGUCGACAAACUGCCAGCCCUCCUUCGGGAAGACCUGGAGCAUGCAUUUGAGAAUGAGUUGGAAUGUGUCUUUAACGUCACACACUUACGCCACUCACUGGGGCAGCAGAAGCGGGAGAUGGAGAUUGAGCUUAAAAGGAUACAGAAGCUCAAAGAGAAAUUCAAACGAAUACACGAGCAACUCAGUUCUAUUAGGCCGGAAUAAACCUUCCUUUUCUGGAUUCUUCUUUCUAUCCCAUGUUUAUAUGAGAAUGUGAAUGGCGUUUUGGUCCACUCAAUUGGAGCACUAUCAGUAGCCUCUCAUGGAACGCUACUUGUUUUACGAGAUGUGACUGGAUUUUCCUCUUAAAGAGGCAAACACUUGUAUAAAAGCAAAUGAGACAUUUUACGCCUAGUUAAUAGCAGCCUUUUUCGAUUUAA